AUGGAGGUAACACAACUUCCGGAAACCGUAUCGGUGAAAGCUGGAGACAGCCUCACUCUACAGUGUACAUUGAUUGAGACAAAUUUGCCUGGAGGCGUGCGGUGGUUCAAAGGGCUGGACAGAAACCAGCCCCCCAUUUACAGCGAUAAGCAAGGAGCUUCCAACCGGGGGGUGAGGCUGGUCCCAGGAUCCAGCACGGACUUCAGCAUCGACAUCCCAAACAUCCGUCCUGAAGAUGCCGGGACCUACUAUUGUGUGAAGUUCAGGGCAGGGUUCCCAGAGAGAGAACUGGCUUCGGGGAAAGGCACGCAGGUCUUCAUAAUUGCUAAGCCAUCCCAGCCUGUGGUUCGUGGCCCCACAAGAAGAGUCAUGGCAGGGUCUCGGGCCGGCUUCCACUGCUCCACAGAGGGAUUUUCCCCCCGAGAGAUCACAGUCAGCUGGUUGAAGGACGGGAAAAAAAUACAGGCUGCCCAGACCAACAUCCUGAAUUUGGAUGGAACAGAGAGCAUCUCGUACCGAGCAGAGAGCACGGUGGAAAUCCCGCUGGAACAAGGAGACGUGAGGUCACAGCUGAUGUGCCAGGUCCAACACAGAUCGUUGGAUGGUCCUCUCCAAGAUAUCGUCCCACUCGGUGAUAUCCUAAGAGUUCCUCCCAAAGUCCGUCUGGAGACCAGCCCACCUUCCCCCAUCCAGCUGAACACCACUGUGAUGGUCACUUGCAGCGUGGAAGAAUUUUAUCCGGAUGAUGCAAACUUGGAAUUGUUUAUCAACAAUGCCCCAAACAGAAAAGGAACGGUUGGCCCGAAGACACCGAAUCCCGAUGGGACCUUUUCCCUGAAGACCUACCUGGAGGUGGUGGCCAUGGAAGACAGGAACAACUCACAGUUCAGUUGCGUGGUUCAACAGAAAUCCCAAAGUCUGCUCACUCUAACAAUAAAACUUGCUGUUGUCAUGCAACCUGAAGAUCACAAAUGCUUGGGCAGUGCUCCGUCAA